AUGUCUCAACAAUCCAACUCUUCUCCUUCCAAGAACAUGCAUUGGUCUCCUAGCGUUGAACCAAGAAACCCUAACAGAGAAGAUCCUGUUGCUGACUUUGUGAAUACCCCACAUGCAAGAAGACCUAAAGAAACUGUAUCAGGCUUCUCCUCAUCCAUCGUUCUUGAGGAACGAACCAAAGAAGGUUCCAGGUAUGUUCACAAUGCCAUUGCCACUAUAGUGACUGGAAUACUGUCUGGAAAUCAUGAGGUCCCUAGGGUUUCCAUUCCCUUAAACACUAUUGAACCUGAUAGUGUUGCUGAUCAAGAAAAUACUGAGUCUUUAGGAAAGAAUAUCUCUGAUGAUGUUGAGCAAACUGAUGCUCAUAAGGAGUCAAAUGUUGACAAACCCUUAGAUAAUGUGGCUGGUGAGGAAGUUCAUGUCACUCAUGAUGUCAAUGACAACCCUAACUGUGAGGCUGAAACAGUAGACCUGGAGGAAUUUUCUAAUAAUGAGUUGUUGUCCUCUGUCCUCCCUAGCAUAGCCAAAAGGGUUAGAACUAGGAGAGAAAAGAAAAUUGUGGCUCAAAGGUCCCCCAGAAAGAAGAUUGAUGUUCCAACCUCUUCAAAGACAACGGUGGCAGUCGAGAGUUCCCUCAAGAGGAAAGUUCAUGGUCCAACCAAAUCAUGGAGCAAAGUGGUGCCCAAGAAAAAGAAGACCAAGUGGAAAUAUGUUUAUCAGAAGAGGCUGGCUUUGGAAAGGGAAUUAGCUCAGAAUGUCCUAGACUAUAAGAAUAUUAUGGAUCUUAUUCAAGAGGUUAGUUUAAUGAAGAAUGUGACUCAGUUUUCAAAGUGCUAUGAGAUGUUGGUAAAGGAAUUUAUUGUUAAUUUGUCUGAAGAAUGUGCUGAUGGCAAGUCUAAGGAAUUCAGGAAAGUGUAUGUGAGAGGCAAGUGUGUAAAUUUCUCUCCUUCAGUGAUCAACAAGUAUUUGGGAAGGCCUGAUGAAGCUCAACCUGAGCUUGAGAAGAUUGAAGCUGCUAACUGGGUGCCCACCAAUCAUAAAUCUACAGUUGUUGUAAUGCUUGGAAAGUUUUAUUAUGUUGUUGGAACCAAAGCCAAAUUUGACUAUGGCUCCUAUAUUUUUGAUCAAACUUUGAAGCAUGCAGGAAGCUUCAGUGUGAAGGGUCCUAUAGCCUUUCCUUCUCUCAUCUGUGGUAUUGUUUUGAAUCAGUUUCCAAACAUCUUAACUGAGAAUGAUUCUGUGAAGAAAAGAGACAACCCUAUGUCUUUCAAUCAUAAGUUGUUCCUAGGUACCCAUGUCCCUGACAUUGUCAUGACAUCAGGUGAGACAUCACGUGUAAGCAAUCAGUCAGGUAAAGCUGCUGUCAUUGCAAUGCUCAAAGAAACCUACAGGGAAUUAGAGGCAAGGAAGUUGAACUUGGAAAAAUUGAUUAGCUCUUUGGAGAUGACUGAAGGUGAUGUGCUAGCUGAUGGUGGAGAAUUUGGUGAAGCUGCUGCUGUUGCAGAAGAAGCUGAAAGACAAGGUGAAGAGGGAGAAGCAGAUGCCAGUCCUGAUGAUGGCACAGAUGAUGAUGCUGACUCUGAGUCAGAUGACUAG